GCCGACAUGCGAGCACACACCGCCUCCUUAGAUCUUUGAUUCCAUUGGUUCGCGUUUGAGGGUCUGGACGACAGUGUCUUAUGGGAGCUGACGUCGCCAUCCUCGUUGAGAGAUGAAGCUCUCGCUUAUGCUUAGCUUGCCCGAAUAUCUCCUCCUUAUUGGUUCCAUCUACCUUAGCUUAAGCAGGUCGGGGAGUGGCCAAACUGGAUCUCCUUGUCGGUAACUGUCAGAAUGGAAUUGGGUUCUUCUGGACGGCAUAACGGGAAAUACAUAUAUUUCCCUCUCCUGUGCAUUGCUUUUUCUUUGGUCUUGAAAACAGCAACAGCGAACGUGGUGUUGAACGGGAAGAAUGUUUCCUUGUCCUUCGAUGACGUUGAAGCGAGCUUCACUCCAGCAGUUGUGGGAUCAGGAGAUUGUGGAAUGCUGUAUAUAGCUGAACCUCUUAAUGCUUGCAUUCCAUUGAAGGAUAAUGUAUCUGCAGAAGGUGGAAGAUCCCCCAUUGCUUUAAUUAUCAGAGGGGGAUGCACAUUUGAAGACAAAGUUAGAAAUGCACAGGAUGCUGGAUUCAAGGCUGCUAUCGUCUAUGAUGACGAAGAUAGUGGUGCUUUAGUCUCAAUGGCUGGAAACUCUGUAGGUAUAAAAAUCCAUGCAGUUUUUGUUUCCAAGGCAUCAGGUGAAGAACUGAAGAAGUAUGCUGGUGUGAUUGACAUGAACUUGUGGAUAGUUCCAACAUUUGAAAAUUCAGCAUGGUCCAUCAUGGCAAUCUCUUUCAUAUGUCUACUUGCAAUAUCAGCAGUGCUUGCAAUGUGUUUCUUUGUGCAAAGGCAUCGGAUAAGAAGACAGCGUCCUCAGUUCCCUCAUGUUCGUGAGUUCCACGGAAUGAGCAGUCACCUGGUGAAAGCAAUGCCGAGCAUAAUAUUUACUUCAACAACUGAAGAUAGCUGUACAUCAUGCACAUGUGCUAUUUGCCUUGAGGACUACGCUCCUGGGGAAAAACUAAGAGUACUACCUUGUCGUCACAAGUUUCAUGCAGUAUGCGUGGAUUCAUGGCUUACAAUCUGGAGGACUUUCUGCCCUGUCUGCAAGCAUGAUGCAAGAACAAAUAUGAGCAGUCCUCCGGCAUCGGAGUGCACACCGUUGCUUUCACCACCAGUAUCUGUUUCAGCAUCCCCCUCUUCCUCUGCUGUAUUAUCAUCUUCCCGUUCGUAUCUAGCAGCAUCACCUGCCAUACGAAUAGCUCAGUCUUCAUAUCAUUCUCCAUCUUCCUCUGCUGUAUUAUCAUCUUCCCAUUCUCAUCUAGCAGCAGCACCUGCUAUACGAAUAGCUCAAGCUUCAUAUCAUUCUCCUGUCUGUUCUUGGAGUCAAUCUCUUGCGACUACUCCCGCCAUUCAACGUACAUUUAGGUAUUACAGUAACUCUCCAGCUAUGAGCAGCCACUUAAGUUCCACAGAUCUGCAAACAGUAGCAUUUCAAAGAUCCCGUGCUUCUCCUCUACGUUCUCCUCAUUCUUUAGGUCUACCUUAUUUGUUUUCCUCUGCUGGUUCAACCCAUGGUUCUCAAGUUCAUGGUUCCUCUUAUCUUCCUUGCUCCCACAAUGCAUCUCCAUACCAUCUUGCAUCUCCACUCUAUGUGGGGUCUUCAAGUAGGCAUCCGUGUCUAUUGCAUCAUAGUGAAUCAACUACAAGCUUCUCUCCUCUUUCUUCUGCCCACUCUCUUCCUGGUUGUUGAUUGACCACUCAAUCUUCCGUGAAAAAGGCUUGAGUUGAAAGAUAUGAAGUUCAAUAUUUUCAAAGUGUCUUUUGUGGUUCUCUUGUCCAGUGAUCGUGAAUGAGAGGAUGCAGUUAGUUUCAGAGACUGCUUCCGAGGUGGAACGGUAUGUCCAGUGUAUGAUCUAUUUCCCUGAUUCUUGUUCUUGUCCCAGUUGGAAUGAUGAGAUAUCGCAAAAAGAGUGUAAAAUACACAUCCAAA